AUGUAUAAUUGGUUUAAUAAAAACUUAUAUGGUAAUAGUAAAAAUAUAUCAUUGAUUGAAGUAAACCAAAAAUGUUACUUAAAUCUACUAAUUGAUCCAUAUUAAAUUAGAAGUUAAUUAAAUAAACAAACAAAAUCCAAAUAAUUAUAAUAAACUAAACCGGAAUUCAAAGUUUAAACAAAUAUUGAAGUAAAAAAGAUGAAAACUUUAUAAAGAUGGAAGGAUGAGCAAAAAGUGUUGUAUAUAAUUGUCGACACUGAGCAAAGAAAGAGUGAAAGACAACUUUUUUCCCUUCCACUUUCGUUUUUUUUUAUCCAGUGGAAAUCUCGCAACCAUUCCCAUUAUAUAUAUGCAGAGAGUUUGUUGAAGAAGGUGAUGAAAGAUCAAUUUUUGGCAAUUAGUGGUGAAGAUUUGAAUCAGAGAUGGGUUUUUCUUCUUUCAUUUCUCAGCCUUUGUCUUCAUCUCUCUCGGUGAUGAAACGCAACGUUUCUGCUAAAAGAUCGGAACUUUGUCUUGAUUCUUCAAAGAUUAGAUUAGAUCAUCGUUGGAGCUUCAUUGGAGGAUCAAGAAUCUCUGUUCAGUCCAAUUCUUACACCGUAGUUCACAAGAAAUUCUCCGGUGUACGAGCUUCAUGGUUAACUACUACUCAGAUUGCAAGCAGUGUAUUUGCGGUUGGAACUACCGCGGUUUUACCCUUCUAUACUCUAAUGGUUGUAGCACCAAAAGCUGAAAUUACCAAGAAGUGUAUGGAGAGUAGCGUACCGUAUAUCAUCUUAGGCGUAUUAUAUGUGUAUUUGUUAUACAUUUCUUGGACACCCGAGACGCUCAAAUACAUGUUUUCUAGUAAAUACAUGUUGCCAGAGGUUUUGCUUUCCCUUAACCAUCCACAAUAUUUGUAUCAUUGCAGUUUCUAAAGUUAGUUUUUUCAUCUGCAGUUGUCUGGAAUAGCUAAAAUGUUCUCAAGUGAAAUGACUCUUGCUUCUGCUUGGAUUCAUCUUCUUGUUGUAGAUCUUUUCGCUGCACGGCAAGUUUAUAAUGAUGGGUUAGAGAACCAGAUCGAGACGAGGCAUUCGGUUUCACUUUGCCUUCUCUUCUGUCCGGUUGGAAUCGUUUCGCAUUUCGUAACCAAAGCUAUAAUCAACAACCAGUACAAAUAAGCUGAUGAUCUUGGUUUCUUAAAUGCCUAUAAAGAUUUGGAAUGAUGCUUCAUUAUGCUUUUGCUCAUGUUAAAUUAGCUGUAAUGGGUUAAGUUGUUGACAGUAUCAAUGAGACCAAACAACUCGAGACAAGUUUUCAUCUUUUGUCAAUAAGUUUACCUCAUGAGGUUUUUGCAGAAAUUUGCAACUUGAAAACCUCCUCUUCAAAUAUUUUACUAAACUACAGAUUUAGGUUCACUAAAUUUGUCAAACGU